AUGAAGCUUCUCUGCUCUUCGGGUGUUGUGCCUCAUCCAGGCGACGUCCCCACUGCUCACCCCAGAGCACUUCAGGGAGGGCUUCCAGAUGUUCUAGGGAAAGUCGGCGCCGACUCCCUCGUGACGGCCGUCCGCGCGCACCGCUUCCUGUGGGAGGUCGACGCCGAGACGGGAGAGGCCAGGGCGAAGAACUACGACCCCCAGACGAGGCCGCGGCGGCAGGACUGGGAUGGGGAGCUGGUAGAGAACGGGGCCUUCUACCUCACGACCAAGGCACAGUUCGACGCAACUCAGUGCCGGCUGGGCGGGAAGAUGGCGCUGUACGAGAUGCCCGAGCACACCUUCGUGGAGAUCGACUCCCCGACGGACUGGCAGAUCUUGGAGGGCCUAGCCCGGGAGCACGGCUACAGCCCCGGCGCCAGGUGA